CUCAGAUUUAUUCCAUCGUCAUUUUCUCUAGCACGGCGAAGGGCCUUCCAUCUUUAUAUUGUAUUAUACAUUCUCUUCAACUCCCUGAGCUCGACUUCAUCAUUUCCUUUUAUAUAUAUCGUAUUUAUCUUCUAAUUUAGCCCCUUUCCUUGCGUAUAUCGGCACGAAGUACAACUUGCAUAGCGGGGCAGUUUCCUUUUUUUUUUCCUUGGAGAUCGACAGCACGACAUCAUGCCUGUCGUGAAACCCGAACAGCUAAUAAGCCUGCAGCGAAAUGCUCAGAAUAUCAGAAACAUUUGCAUACUGGCCCAUGUUGAUCAUGGCAAAACAUCUCUUACCGAUGCACUUCUUGCGACAAAUGGCAUUAUUUCUCCAAAGUUAGCGGGCAAGAUUCGUUACCUGGAUGCACGACCCGAUGAACAAUUGCGAGGCAUUACCAUGGAGUCGUCAGCAAUUUCUUUGUACUUCUCAAUGCUUCGACGCCCUGCACCAGAGGCAGCUCCGGAGAUGAAGGAAUAUCUGAUCAACCUUAUAGACUCCCCAGGCCAUAUUGACUUUAGCAGCGAGGUUUCUACAGCUUCGCGGCUUUGCGACGGUGCAGUGGUACUGGUCGAUGCAGUAGAAGGGGUCUGCAGUCAGACAGUCACAGUACUCCGGCAAACAUGGAUUGAACGGAUGAAACCAUUGCUAGUGAUUAACAAAAUAGAUAGGCUAAUCACCGAGCUCAAAAUGAGUCCCAGCGAAGCAUACACACACCUAAGCAAGCUAUUGGAGCAAGUAAAUGCCGUUGUUGGAUCAUUCUAUCAGGGCGAGAGGAUGGAAGAGGACUUAAAAUGGAGAGAGAAGAUGGAAGAGAAGCUUGCCGCUGCUGCAAAUGACCCUGUCAAACACUCGUCUGCAGUUACAACAGGAGCAGCGGCGCAAGACGCCGAGGGAGUAGUGACGAAUAGCGCACAUGGAGAAUUCGAAGAAAGGGACGAUGCAGACUUAUACUUUGCCCCCGAGAGGAAUAAUGUCAUCUUCAGCAGUGCGAUUGACGGCUGGGCUUUUACGGUCAAGCAAUUUGCCGCAAUAUACGAGAGGAAGCUGGGUAUCAAAAGAGCGAUCCUUGAGAAGGUCUUGUGGGGCGAUUAUUAUCUGGACCCUAAGACCAAGAGGGUUCUUGGGCAGAAGCAUCUCAAGGGGAGAAACUUGAAACCAAUGUUUGUUCAAUUAGUCCUAGAGACCAUCUGGGCAGUCUAUGAAGCGUCUGUUGACGGAGAUCGUGGCAAAGGGGACCCUGCAAUGGUUGAGAAAAUUACAAAGUCGCUCUCUAUCACACUCCCCCCUCAUGUCCUCCGAUCAAAGGAUCCUCGAUCAAUUUUGACAGCUCUCUUUUCGGCCUGGCUACCUCUUUCCACUGCCCUCCUCGUGACGACCAUCGAGCACUUGCCGUCACCACCGGUCGCGCAGGCGGAUCGGUUACCGGCUAUGAUCGAAGAGUCCCCUGGAGCUGAACAUGUAGAUCCCGCCGUCAAGCAAGCAAUGGUCGAAUUUCGAACUGAGAAAACCGAACCGGCUGUUGCAUAUGUUAGUAAAAUGGUCGCUAUACCACAGAGCGAGUUGCCUGAAAAUAGGCGCAGAGCAGGUGGUCUAAGUGCAGAGGAGGCUCGCGAGAUGGCACGCAAGAAACGGGCGGAGAUUGCACGUGCCCAACAACUCUCCUCUGGUGAUGUCGGUGGCAUGACGCGUGCUCUGGCUACUGUGAGCUUGGGAGAAGGAGAGGAAGAGGAGGAGCCGGAAGCUUCGCAUGAAGAGGAGGAGGACCCUGAGCAUUUGAUUGGUUUUGCUCGUUUGUACUCUGGAUCUCUUUCUGUUGGUGACGAGGUCUACGUUUUGGCUCCUAAAUUCUCGCCCGCAGACCCUCACGCGCACCCGGAACCUCAGAAAGUCACAAUCACAGCGUUAUAUUUGCUGAUGGGGCGAAGCUUGGAGCCACUACGGACUGUGCCAGCUGGUGUCGUUUUUGGCAUUGCGGGACUGGAGGGACACAUCCUCAAGUCAGGAACACUUUGCAGCCAAUUAGAAGGCAGCGUCAACCUCGCAGGGUUGAACAUGGGAAGCCAACCUAUUGUUCGCGUCGCACUCGAACCGGCUAAUCCCAUGGAUCUUGGAAAGAUGAUUGAUGGCCUGCGGCUUCUGGUGCAGAGCGACCCUUGUGCAGAAUACGAAGUCCUCGAGAAUGGCGAGCACGUCAUUCUUACUGCGGGUGAACUUCACCUUGAACGUUGUCUGAAAGACCUGCGCGAGAGAUUUGCCAAGUGCGAUAUUCAAGCCGGCGAGCCCAUCGUGCCAUAUCGAGAAACCAUUGUCAGUGCUCCCGAGAUGGCACCGCCUAGGGAAAAAGAUCUCCCACGAGGUACAGUGGCUGGUGUGACGAGCUCUAAGCAGAUAUCUAUUCGGUUAAGAGUCCGGCCUCUCCCGGCAGCAGUGACCAAUUUUCUUUCCAAGAACGCUAGUUCCAUAAAGCAAUUUUACUCGCAGAACAAAGCGGAAGAACGCCGUGGACGGCAGAAGGGUGACUCUCAACCUGUCGAAGAGGGAGGCGAAGAGAUUGAAGCUGCUGGAGGAGAUGAAACAAGCAUAAUUUCACUGGAUGACUUUCAGAAGAGUCUGAAAAAGGCAUUCGAGGAGAUCAAGGCUGACCGCGAAGUAUGGGCAAGUGCAAUCGAUAACAUUGCAGCAUUUGGCCCAAGACGUGUUGGCUCAAAUCUCUUGAUCGAUGCCAGCAGUAAUGGCAUUUUUAAGCGAUUUCUCCGCCAUGCACAGCAGUCUGAACAAUCUCCGAAUGGCACCGAGUCUCCAGCUCCAUCUGCUACUGAUAGUCUGACCGCGCGAGAUUUCGCCGACAAAAUCGGCUACGCCUUCCAAUUAGCAACCGCUCAAGGCCCGCUCUGUAAUGAGCCUAUCCAGGGCGUUGCUGUCUUUAUAGAAGACGUAUCCAUUGCCAUCCCUGCGGAAGAAGAGAGCACUGCGCGAGAAAAGCUUGGUCGCCUUACCGGUGAAGUUAUUAGGACCGUACGAGACUCUAUUCACCAGGGAUUUCUUGACUGGAGUCCUCGCCUCCUGCUUGCCAUGUAUAGUUGCGAAAUUCAAGCAUCCACCGAGGUCCUUGGACGUGUUUACGGAGUCAUCACUCGUCGUCGAGGCCGCAUUCUGUCCGAAGCCCUUAAGGAAGGCACGCCCUUCUUCACUAUCCUAUCCGUCCUGCCCGUCGCGGAGUCUUUUGGAUUCAGUGACGAGAUUCGCAAACGGACCUCGGGCGCCGCGAGCCCUCAGCUCAUCUUUGCCGGAUUUGAAAUGCUCGAUAUCGAUCCCUUCUGGAUUCCAUUUACUGAAGAGGAACUGGAAGAUCUUGGUGAAUUGGCAGACAAAGAGAACGUUGCAAAGAGAUACAUGGAUCGAGUUCGAAGUCGUAAAGGCUUGUUUAUUCAAGGCAAAAAGUUGGUUGUGGAUGCGGAGAAGCAGAAGACACUGAAACGGUAAAGGAGGAAGUUAACGCUUGAGACUUAAUGAUGUACGAGCGUAAAGGGUUUUUUGAUGUAGAAUACGAAGCAAGCCCCCAAGGGGCUAUGGACCAGAAGAAAAGUUUGAAUAUGAGGCGUAUAUAGAGUCAGGCGUUAUGCAUAAGGCAGGAAACUUUAUUGUGUGUUUACAGGGACUCAAACCACGACUCAUGAAGUUCAAAUAUGUAUUGCUUAUUUCUCUAGCUCCUGCAGUCCGCUGAUUCGCCCUCUGGCAUGAUCAAUUUACUUUGACCAUAUCGAUAAUAUCUUUUCAAGUCACCUUUUCCCUGCUAAACACCCUCCAAUAUUGAGGAUGCUACGUGCC